AACAUUGAACUAAAAAUGAGUCUACCUAAAUAUAAAUCCUUAUCAAAUGGUAAUAAUUACCAAAAGCCUAAAUAUAAAGAUAAAUAUAAUUCACCAAAUACAUCAUACAAUUCACAUAAAAUUCAAAAAUAUUCUCAAACUUUGCCAUGGAUGCAACUUAGGAACAUUUAUUCUCAAGAGCCCAUCAUUAGAUUACACGAGGAAAUAUUAGAUGCCUAUACUUACUUAAAACCGUCAACCAUUGAGUACACGAUGAGGGUUGAUCUUGUUAACAGGAUAAAAACAAUGAUAAACGACGUGUGGCCAAAUGCUUUAGUCGAAGUCUUUGGGAGUUUUAAAACAGGGUUAUAUUUGCCUACAAGCGAUGUAGAUAUAGUUUUGAUCGGUAAAUGGGAAGCUCUUCCCUUGUGGACUCUCAAAGAAAUCAUAUUGAAAUGCGAUUUCUCUUACACCAAGGACAUUCAAGUUCUCAAUAACGCUGCCGUUCCAAUCGUAAAAUUUACCGAUAAAAAGACUCGAUUAAAUGUGGACAUAAGCUUCAAUAUGGUGAACGGGAUAGCCAGUUGCCAUCUGAUAAACGAAUUUACGGAAAAAUAUCCUAUAUUAAGACCCCUUAUCGUGGUUCUCAAACAAUUUUUGAUUCAAAGACAACUCAAGGAAGUUUUUACCGGUGGAUUGUCAUCUUAUUCCCUGAUUCUCAUGAUCCUCAAUUUUAUACAAAACAACCAAAGAUUACAACAAGAUUUGGCGCGCGAGGAUGUGAGUCAAAUAAAUUUGGGCGUCUUAUUAAUAGAAUUUUUCGAAAUGUUUGGCCGUCAUUUUAACUAUCAUGGUGCAGGUAUUAGGGUAAAUAUCAGCAAUUUAGAUAACGCUGACUAUUCAACUAGUAUACGUCAAAGCUAUUACUAUUUUCCCAAACAGGAGUUCGCCAUUUAUAAAAGUUCGGCUGGUAGAACUUCCCUAUUGUGCAUUCAAGAUCCAUUGAUUGAAGAACACGAUACUGCCAAAAGUUCGUACGCGUUCGCUAAGGUUCAUAGGGCCUUUCUGAUGGCUUACGUAAUUCUGAGCCGUUCGCUCUUACCGACGUUUUACGCGCGAGAUGCCCGACAAUCAUGUGAUAGCAUAUUAGGUCAAAUUAUCCAAAUUCCGGAGGAAAUGAAGUCUUACAGAAGAUGGGUCAACAAUAAUUAUAAAUCCGAUCAUGACAUCUAGUUUUUUAAAACAAAUAAUUAUUUAUUUACGGGAAAUAAAGCUUUUUUUUGAAGUUAUCCAAUUUUUAUUAG